AUGGACGGUGGACACAGCCUCAGGAUGGACGUUACUGUACGAGAGCUCAUGGAGCUCUUUCUGCAGAGCACGCUGGUGGCGGGGGUGACCCGCCACCAGGAGACCCUGUUUAACUUGCAGAGGUUGGAGGCCCCAGACAUGGCCCUGGAGGAGCUGGAGUUUCUCUCCAGCAACAUGACCUGUCGCCUCAGGAGGCUCUUAAUUGAGCAAGACAGUUACAGGGAGCUGGUCGUGACCAUGACCCAGGAGUGGAACACCAGCAGCCGCCCCAGCGAGGACACGCAGCCCCUGGCCGUGGAGCUGGCGGACACCAAGGCCACGCUACGCGGUGUCAGGCAGGAGCUGGAGGAGAAGACGAAGCAGCUGGCGGACGCCAGGCAUCAGUUGUACCAGCUGGUGCUGGUGCUGCAGGAGGCCCGGCGCAAUAACAUGGAGUUGGCAGCCAGCGCCCAGGCUGCUCCUGCCCUCCCUGAGGUGGACUCCCUGAGAGAGAAGGUGAGGCAUGUGGAGAGGCUGGAGAUGGAGGCGAUGGGCCUCAGGCAGAAGGAGAAAGACAUAGACUUCUAUUGUCUGGCCUUGCUCACCACAUCUCCGUAUGGAGACUUGGGCACCAUGACUCAGGUGCCGACUGGAGACGAUUAUUUUUCCAUGGACACCGAGGGCCAUCUCCAGGACCAUUGGAUUUGGUAUUGGAUUGAUAAGCUAUUCGAGCGGGAGAAGGAGAAUGUGCAGCUGAAAUCGAGGCUGCACCACCUACAAUUGGCCCGGGACACAGACCAGAAAUGCCUUGAGGAGCUGCGGGAAGAGAUCAUGGCCCUCAAGACUGCACAAGGGCAGAGUGUGGAGGAGUCCGCCCACCUGCACUGGGAGCUGGAGCAGCUGUCCUCCAGCUGCUUCCUGAAGCUGGACAAGGAGAAGCAGAGCCGCCAGGACACCGUCCAGGGGCUGCGCGACGCCUCCCUGGCCCUGCAGGAGAGCAGCCUCCAGCGACAGGAGCUGGAGAAGGAGAACCAGCAGCUCAGAAAGCAGAUUGAAGACUGGCAAGUCCAGAUGGAAAGAGAAAAGCAGACCAGCCGGGAUCUGGCGACUCUCUGUGAGGAGCUGGUGGAGGAGAGAGAACAGCUGCUCCGUGACAUCGAGACCCUGAAGGCUGAGGAAGCCCAGGAGUUCAAGGAUCUUAAACAACUGGUGCGUUCACUGCGGGAUAGUUCACAGACCAGCAGCAAGGCCCGCAUGAAGGGCCAGAAGACUGAGAAAAAAGUGCUCCUCCAGGCGGUGACAGACACCAAAAGGAAAGUGACCAUGAUGGAGUGGCAGCGGCGGCAGCUGUGCCGGGACCUGGAGCAGGUGAAGGCGCAGGCGGCGCAGGCACAGGAGCUGGAGCACAGGAAGGAGCUGCAUCGCCUGCAGGAGGAGAUCGAGAAGCUGGCCAUGGAGGUCAGCGCCCUGACGACAGCCCCCGAGAGGGUCCACGCCCUCGAGCGGGAGAGCCCGGACCUGUUGCUGGAGAACCAGAGGCUGCAGACGUCUCUGGACACCCUGCAGCCCGAGGGCCUGGAGCAGGACAAGCAGCUGGACACCAGGGUGGAAAAUUCCACUCUGAGCUCCCAGAGCGCCUCGCUCACUGCGCUCACAGAGCAGAACACGCAGCUCCAGCACCAGCAGCUGGCGGCAGCCCACAAGGCCCUGCAGCAGGAACACGCGUGCCUGGGCGCGCUCCACGAGCGCCUGGCUAGGGAGCACGAGGCCCUUCUGGACAAGUACCGCCGCCAGAAGACACUGCUGAGUCAGACCCUGAAGCUGGAGAGCAAGGCUCUCAGUGACAGAUACAAGGACCAGCUCCAACAUAAGGCGGCGCUGGAGCAGCUGGGGACGCUCUCGACCACUGAGCGGGAGGCUCUGCAGCAGGAGCAGAGGACGAGCACCAUGGCCGCCGAGGAGAACCAGAGGCUGCAGCGAGAGCUGGACAGGGCCAAUUCCCUGCACCAGCAGCUGAAAGGGGAGCAGGAGGAGCUGCAGACCCACACUAAGAAGCUGCAGACCUCCCUGAACGACACCCAGCUGCAGGUGAACUGCUGGCAGAACCAGUGCAACUGGCUGAGGGAGGAGCUCCAGAGCACGGACAUCUCACUGACCGAGCUGGACAACCGCUGCCAGCUGGUCUCCCGCCUCAAGGGCAACUUGGAGGGAGAAAAACGUGACCUGCAGAGCCAAAUCCAAAGGCUGAAAGAGCAGAACCAGAGGCUUCUCCAGGAGGACAUGGAGGACAAGGACCAGCACCAGGAAGAGCAGCAGCAGUACGUAGACAAAUUCAAUGCCUUACAGAGACAAAAUGAAAAACUGGAAGAAAAAAGCAUGGCUCAGCACAAGUUCCAUGAUCCAGCGCCAAAGAAGAAAAAGCACUGGAUUGGAGCCAAAGUCUUAGUCAAACUCAUCAAACUAAAGAAAGGGGGAUCCAGAGAACGACCAAAGUCAACCCCACAGAGGCCUCCCUGGCCGCUGGGGUCCUCAGACCAGGCCUCGCCCAGUACUUCUCAGCCUCUUCAAUCACAGCUGGAACCCCUCGAGGCCACCCCAUGCUGCUCAAAGGGGCAGCUGUGA